AUGUCGUGGGAAUCGAUCGCCGCCAAAAAGCGCCAGGCCCUCAGGGACUCCAUCCCAGCGGACUUGGUGAUCCCUGCUGCGCUUCUUCCUCCUGCUGAUCAGCUCGACGUCACAGCCUUUCCCACAGACUCGGGCUUCUUUACCGGUCGCGAGCUGGAAAUCACUUCAAGCCCGGCUCAGACAAUUCUAUCGCAUAUAUCGUCCGGCUCGUGGACCGCCGAGGAAGUCACCAAAGCGUUCUGCAAAGCCGCCGCCGCUGCUCAGCAACUGACUAACUGCCUAUCGGAAAUCCUGUUCGACAGAGCAAUCGCCCAGGCAAAGGAACUAGACGCCUACUUUCAGCAAACAGGCAAGACAAAAGGCCCGUUCCAUGGUCUUCCCAUUUCCAUCAAGGAUAAUUUUAAUCUUGUCGGUUAUGACUCGACCAUCGGGUUCGCCUCGCUGGUCAACGAUCCCGCCACAUACAACAGCACCCUCGUCGACCUGCUCCUCAAUGCAGGCGCCGUCCUCUACUGCAAGACCAACGUGCCCACGGCCAUGAUGAUCGCAGAAUCAGUCAACAAUGUCUUCGGUCGAACCGUCAACCCGCGCAACCGCAAUCUCACCUCGGGGGGUUCCUCUGGUGGUGAAUCGGCCCUGAUCGCCUUCGGAGGCAGCCGCAUCGGCGUCGGGACAGACAUUGGCGGCUCCCUUCGCAUCCCAGCAGCCUGCACAGGAAUCUUCACAAUCCGGCCCUCCUUCGGCCGCUUCCCCAACUUCCAAACCCGCUCCGGCCUCGCCGGCCAAGAAGCAGUCAACAGCGUCAAUGGACCCAUGGCCAAAACCCUCGACGAGAUCGUCUUCUGGGCUCGCACAGUCGUCGGCCAGCAGCCCUGGCUCCGCGAUCCCAAAUGCCUCCCUAUCCCCUGGCGCUCUGUCGAUGUCAAGAAAUCGCUGAAAAUCGGUGUCCUAUGGCACGAUGGCCUGGUCACGCCUACACCCCCCGUCUCCCGAGCUCUUAAUUCAACAGUUGCGAAAUUAAAAGCCGCCGGUCAUGAAAUCGUUACCUGGUCACCGACAGAGCACAAGGGUAUCCUAGAGACACUGCGAACCAUGUUCAUCGCCGACGGGGGCAAAUCCGUGCGCAACCUCCUCUCACCAACAGACGAGCCAUUCCGGCCGGAAAUGAAGAUGUAUGAGACGGCCACUGAGCUCGGCGUGCAUGAGAUGUGGCAGGUCCAGGGGGCUAGGAAUGCCUUGUGCAAGUCGUACCUGGAUCGAUGGAAUGCGGCGGGCAUUGAUGCUGUGCUUUGCCCGACGUCCCCGUAUAGCAGCGUCGAGCACGGCAAGUUCGCGUACGUGGGAUAUACGGGUGUUUUCAAUGUCCUUGACUACCCCGGCGUGUCAUUCCCGUGUGGGAUUUCGGCUGAUAAGGGCCUUGAUGGGCCGUAUGUCGACCAUGAACCGCUUAGCGAUAUUGAUGCGCAGAUUCAACAGGAUUACUCUGCCGAGGCUGUUCAUGGCAUGCCGGUUAGCUUGCAGCUUGUUGGGAGGAGGCUUGAGGAUGAGACUGCGUUGGCUAUUACGAGUGUGAUUCUGGAGGCGGUUUCUGGGUCUUUGAAUGGGACUAAGUAG